AAAAAUAACAGAUUUAAAUAUUUAUAGUUGUAAACGAAACUUCUCCAAUCCGCACAAUAAUUUGAGUAUUAAAAACCAGGUCUACAACAAUAUAAUAUACACUUUCUGUGAAAUUGAAUUAUUUUGUGAAUAAAUUAUAAAUUUUAUAGUUUUAAUCAUAUUGUUCAAUUAUAAAAUUGCCCCAGAUGACAUCAUUUUCAGACUUGUCAUCAUGGGAUGGGUCGUCAACAAAAGGCUUGCGGCUAAUGGAGAAUGACUUUUAGAGAAACAACGUUUCUUUAGGAUAUUAAAGCUUAUAAAGAUUUUUCGACGAAAUGGCUGAUCUCUUGGCAGUGCCACUCAAAAAACCUUCCGAUGUCGAUAUUGUAAAACCACUUACUAAUGUGAUUUCAGCUUCUUACAGCACUGCGGAUAAACCUCAAGAUUUUAGUGAAGCAAUAAAUGAAUUUAGUAAACUCCGUAAUAAUGCUAUCUGGAGAGUUUUUGAGAAGUAUGAAAGUUCGUUGGAAGUCAUAUACAGUUACUUCGAUCAGUUGACUGCUUUAGAAACUAAAAUACCACCACAGGAGGUCCAGAUUCCUUUUAAAUGGAAGGAUGCGUUUGAUAAAGGAUCAAUUUUUGGAGGGAGAAUAAGCUUGACCCUGUCAUCCUUGUCCUACGAGAAGGUGUGCGUGCUGUUCAACACGGCUGCGUUGCAGAGCGCGGUGGCAGCUGCCCAGUCCAUCGAGAGCGACGAGGGUCUCAAGCUGGCGGCCAAGCUGUUUCAGCAAGCCGCAGGUAUCUUCAAUCACCUGAAAAGCACGGUCAUGAUAGCAAUCCAGCAGGAGCCGACGCCAGAUCUGAACCCAGAGACGCUGGGGGCGUUGUCCAGCCUGAUGCUUGCCCAGGCUCAAGAGAUCUUUGUGCAGAAAGCUAUACAUGAUGGCAUGAAGGACCUGGUGGUAGCCAAGUUGAGUUCGCAGUGUGAAGAGCUCUAUGCAGAGGCUCUGAAGCAACUUCAGAAGGAACUCCUGAGACCUUUGUGGGACAAAGAGUGGAUCCCUACUGUUGCUGGGAAGCAGGCAGCUUAUCAUGGUCUGAGCCAGUAUUAUAGCGGUCUGAUAGCAAAAGCCAGCAAGAACAUUGGCGAGGAGUUGGCUCGUUUGGAGCACGCCCAGGAGCUGUUCAAGGCGGCCCAGUUGAGGUCGGGGAAGCCGUCCUUCUUCCAGGACUUUGCAAACAAGGCUCAGCGUGCCUACGCGGAGGUGAAGAAGGACAAUGACUUCAUCUACCACGAGCGGAUCCCAGACGUCAAGAGCCUUCCCCCCAUCGGCAAGGCGAUGGUGGCCAAGCUGCUCCCGGUGCCCGAGAGGAUGAGCCAGAGCUUCAGAGAUCUGUUUGAUGAGUUGGUGCCAGUGUCGGUACACCAGGCAAUGGCUGGAUACGAAGUCAGAAAGAAUGAAAUUGUCAACUCUGAGAUUAUGAAGCUGCGAGAAUCCACGCAGAUGCUAAACAGCAUGCUGGCGUCCCUGAACCUGCCGGCGGCCCUGGAGGACACUGCCGGCGACGCCCUGCCCCCCUCGCUGCUGGACAAGGCAGCGGUGGUCCAGAGCCUCGGGGGCAUCCAGCAGCUGGAGACCUUGAUCCGGGAACUGCCAGAGCUGCUCCAGAGGAACAAGGACAUCCUGGACGAGGCGGAGAGGAUGCUGCGAGACGAGCAGGAGUCGGACGACCAGCUGCGAGAGCAGUUCAAGGAGCGCUGGACCCGCACGCCCUCGUCCAAGCUGACGGAGACGUUCCGCGCCAACGCCGCCAAGUACCGGGAGAUCAUCGAGAACGCGGUGAAGGCGGACCGGGUGGUGCAGGGCAAGUUCGAGGCCCACCGCCGGGGCAUGCAGCUGCUGAGCCAGGACGCGCACGAGAUGGCAGCGGCCGUGCCGACGGCGGGACCGGGCGGGGCCGGCCUGCACGACACCUCUGCCGCCCGGCAGCUGCGCGGGCUCGUGGAGCAGGUGGAAACGCUGAAGGCGGAACGCGAUGCCAUCGAGCACGAGCUGAAGUCGGCCACCACGGACAUCAAGCAGUCGUUCCUGUCGGCGCUGGCGAGGGACGGGGCCGUGGACGGGGAGGUGAUGUCGGUGGAGACCUUGGGGAAGGUGUUCGGGCCCCUGCAGAAGCAAGUGAAGGAGAGCUUGGAGCGGCAGGAGGCGCUCAUGGCAGAGAUACAGGCCCAGAACACAGAGUUCUGCAAGCAGAAGUCUGGAGCAGGUGCAGCCAACCAGCGGGAGGCUGUCCUGAAGGAGCUCGCUGCGGCCCAUGACGCCUUCACCGAGCUCCAGAACAACCUGAAGGAGGGAACCAAGUUCUACAACGACCUCACUCAGUUGCUGGUGGUUUUCCAAAACAAAGUCUCGGACUACUGUUUUGCUCGUAAGACUGAGAAGGAAGAGCUGAUGAAAGAUGUGACGCAGAAUAUCAGUCGACAGCAGGUCCCAUCAACACCGUAUGCCCCUGCUCAUCACAGUGCUGACAAUGGGGACAGGAAGGCAGCGCCCCCCAGACCGCCCCCGCCCUCUGCCGGGGGCCAGACCGCCCCCGCCCUGCCCUACCCCAUGUACCCCCAGUACAUGCCGAUGCCGUACGGGUCGACCAGCGCAGCCCCCUACCCCGCGUACGUGCCUCCGCCCAUGCCGACCAGCUACAACCCUUACGCCCCCGGGGGAGCAGUGCCCUACCCGCAGCAAGGCUACCCGUACCCCCAGGCGCCGUACGGGGCGUACCCCUACCCCCAGCAGCCCCAGCAGCCCCAGCAGCCGCCGCAGGGGCGCCCCUGGUGAGCCGGACGCUGCUGCAUGUGCCAGGCAUCCCACGCCUCUCGCAUGAAGCGUAAACUUCUCGCUGAAAUAGUGGGCAGCUUUCCUGGUUUACGCUUAAUACAUGAAGCCGGUUGGCUGCUUAUGAUGUUAUUUCACAAUUUAUAGUUUAGCCAGAGGAAGAUGAAAUACCAUUAGGUUGUAUCAAUUGUGUGAAAUUUUGACUUAUUGUUUGUCGGAAAGUAUGCAAAAAAAAGUAUUUGUUUUAAAAGAGGCAGUUUGUCACAUUUUUGUGAAAUUAUUUUUAUAAAUUGGAAGUUCAUUUUGCAUUUGUAUAUUGAUCAUAGAAUGCAUUUGGAGAUGCGAUUUAGCAGGUGGAUGUAAUGAAAUUCUUUUUGAGGAGGGGUAUUUCUUGGGACUGAAAUAAUGAAAUAAACAAUGUUUGUUAUUGUAAUAAUUGUGUUACUGAAAGUCUUGAUUUUAAAUGUAUGAAUUAAGGUGGUCAUAAAGACAAUAAAAUAGACAAUGGUGUUUAAUGUGCACACUUGUUUUUGUAUUCUGGCAUAUGCCACCAGUGUUGGUUUUUUGUUUUCAUGGCCUUGAGUGCACAGCAGUAAUGUUCAUGAUAAUAGUGUAGCAAUUGUGUCACUGAGUAUGAAAUUCUGGUCUUAUAAUAGGUGCUUUUGAAAACCUUUUUCAUGUUAACACUCCAUAUGGGCGAGGCUAACUCUGUCACCUCAUUUUUAACACUGUGUGAUUGUAGAGUAGGUUCAGUAAAGCAGACUAUAUUAACAAAAGACCCCGAAUAAAUUCAAACAAAUACAAAAAUGCCUAAAGCAGAAGCAAAGUUGAUGAGAUGGUGGGAAAUAAGCAAUAGAUUGACAAAAUAAAAAUCCGUUAAUAAAUGUAUUUAAUACAUAGUUUUUAAAAUUUAUAAUUUUAUAAUAUAUAUAAUAUAAUAUGUAUAAUAUAUAUUAUAAUAUAUACAUAAUAUGUAAUACAUAUAAUAUAUAUUUAUAUAUUAUUAAAUUUAUAAUUUUAUAAUAAAUGGUUUUUAAUUAUGGUUUUUUAGACAACAUACAAAAAUGAAAAUAAUAUUCAUUUAAAAAUUAAAUUAUUAAUCAUCUAUGAUUGAUUAAACCAUGUUAACUGAAAUUAGGUUUUCAUAAGCACUUUGUAGUUUGUAGUGUUACAGUAACAGAUUGGAUUUUAUGUACCUACUUAGUAACUAACAAAUCAGCUGCUGUAUAAAUAUGCUGUGGCAUUUUUUUCAGUUCAGGAAUUUUUUUUUUAGAAAAAACUGUGUGGCUUAUUUAGGUGGGAACUAUUACUGCAAAUACUUAUAACCAUUUAUUGGCGUAAAAAACAAAAUGAGUUUUUUAAGUAAUAUUUUUUUAUUUGGUACUAGUUUUAAUGAUUCUGAUAUGAUUUUCAAUUCCGUGAGCAUUGGUAAAAGCAGCGAGGAGGAAGCAGUUGUCGUAAAUUUGUUCUGAAAUCAUUCUUGUAGCCAUUGUUUAUCAUUCAUGAAAUAAGUAAAAAAAAGUGAUGCAGUAAAUGUACGUAUAUAAAGUUUUAAUUAUUUUAAUAAUGGAUGUGCUAGAUGUACAUGAAAAAGUAUACAGUGCCUGAAGACAUGUACUUUUGUGUUAUGUCCACUUGAUACCUCCAAGCGUUUAUGUUGAGAUAUUGAAGAUAUGGCCUCUGUAUGUCAUAAAAUGACUAUAUAAUUUUGAAAUAAAGAUAGUCUAUUAUAAA